CGCGGCGAGCGGCUGGCGCGCCGGGCCGGGUCCUUGCGGGGCCCGGGUAGAGGCGCUCAGAGGGACCCGGGGCCCAGGGAGCGCGGCGGGCACGCGCGCCAUGAACACGAAGGCGGGCGGUGAGGAGGAGGACUGCGUGGACUCUGGCGCCGAGACCGGAGGGUCCGACUAUAGCCAUCUGUCCUCCACAAGCAGUGAGCUUUCUGUGGAGGAGGCACAGGACCCUUUCCUGGUGAGCAUCCACAUCAUCGCAGACCCAGGGGCAUCUCAGCCACUACAGGAGGCCAUCGACAAGGUUUUGGCAUGGGUUCACCCUGACCUCCCACUGUUCCGAGUCUCUGAGCGGCGCACAGGCAGGAGAAGACGGAAGUCCCCCAAGGGUGCGCAGCCGUCACUGGCUGUUGUGCUGUUCCUGCAGGAGGAGUAUGGAGAAGAGCAGAUCCUGCAAGUGCACCGGGUGCUGCAACGGCCACCCUGGCGCCACCACCACACAGAACGCGUGCACGGCCGCUUGCUACCCUACCUGCCCUGCAGCCAGGACUUCUUCACUCUGGCUCCUGGAACCCCCCUGUGGGCCAUCAGGCCGGUGCACUAUGGCAAGGAGAUCGUGCGCUUUACCAUCUACUGUCGCCACGACAGCUAUGCGGACAGCCUCCGCUUCUAUGAGCUGAUCCUACGCCGGAGCCCCAGCCAGCAGAAAGCGGACUUCUGCAUCUUCCCCAUCUUCUCCAACCUGGAUGUGGACAUCCAGUUCUCCCUGAAAAGACUGCCCUGUGACCAGACCCCGGUACCCACCGACUCCUCAGUGCUGGAGUUCCGAGUGAAGGACAUCGGGCAGCUGGUGCCCCUCCUUCCCAACCCCUGCAGUCCCAUCAGUGAAGGGCGCUGGCAGACUGAGGACCACGAUGGCAACAAGAUCCUUUUGCAGGCACAGAGGACACACAAGAAGGCCCCCAAGUACAGCAGAGCACACCACUCCUCUGAGAAGAAGCCUCAUCCCCCUGCAUCAGCAGCCAUUGACACGCCAAGCACAGCACAGGGCAGCAGCCACACAGCCCCGCAGAACAGCCCAUUCCUGGGGUCUAGCCCGGUGGCCCUGCUUCCCAGGAGCAAGCAGGAGUGUGCCCCACAGUCAAGCACCUCCAGCCCUGCCUGGUCCUUCCAGAGGAGCAAGUCUUUGUUUUGUUUGCCCAGUGGAGGCCCCUCCCCAACUGAACCACAGCCCCUACUGACUGGUUCACAGAGGCACAGUGCAUCAGAGUGGAGGCCCGGCAACCUCCUGUCCAUUGAUGACUUAGAGGGGGCCCAGGAGACAGAUGUAGACACGGGCCUGCGGCUGUCCUCCUCAGACCUGUCUGUGGUCUCUGCAUAUUCUGCACCCAGUAGGUUUUGCAACUCUGUGGACUCAUCAUCAUCCCUCCCCUCCAAGAGAUGUAGCAGCCACUGGCCAGCAUCCAAGAGGCCCGACGAAGGACCACUGCCUGCUGCCAGUGAGGUGAGCCCAGACACCUCCUGGGAUUCCUACCCUGUCUUCACCAAAGGGUCUCCCAGCCCUACAGAAAUAACUACUGCUGCUCUCUCAGCUUCUGGUGUCUCCUUGCCUACAGAGUCAUCCCCACAGCUCUCUUGCCAGGACUCCAAAACCACACAGGGUGUCCAAGACAUGCUACUGCCCCCAACGACAGCUGGCCUGGAGGAUAAUGACAUGGAGGAGUUCUACAUCUGAGCAUAUCUGUGUUUUCAGACAGACUCAGUCACAGAAACUUGGGCACCACUGCUCCUUGCCCUUGGUUCACAGGGUGAUCUCCAUCCCAUUUGCCAACUCUGACAAGAACUUAAUUAUCUGUCUCCGGAAAUGGUGAACAUGGUGGCCAUGCCACCUAUCCUUAACUGAGUGGUGACAUAUUUUUAAAGGCUCAGAAAAAAAGUAAAAGCUGACAUUUUUAUGGACAUAAAUUUUCAACACACUUAAAUCAUAAGAUCUAUUUAAUCUAUUUUUGAAUGCUCAAUUAUACAAUUUAAUACUUCAUAUAAUUAUUUGAAACAAAGAAAGCAAACAUACUCAAGCCAGAGCUGACUUGACAGUUGUUCAUACUGUGAAAGUAAAAUCACUGAAGCCAAAAUGUUGAAUGGGAAAGGGGCACCAAGGGACUCCUAUCAGAGCUCAGUAUGCAGCAGAGAAUUCAUGCCUUCUUGGUCCCCCACAGAGAGUCACACGGGACCCUGGAAUCCUGACAUCCUGCUCCCAGUGGGUAUGGUAACUUUAUAGGACAGCUGUCAACCUCCAUCUGCCAGCAGACUGCCUUGCUCUGAGCAAUUCAGCACUUGAACAUCUGGGUUUACACACAACUGGCUAAUAAGCCUUGUAAGGAUUUAGCACGAGUAACCAAUGCCUUGCACACUCACAAAAUGCUCUUGAGUCAUGACACCUAGUUUUGCACACUCUUCCACAGAUUUAUGGAAGUAAGCAAACCUGUAGACCAUCCCCUCUGGACUGGUUGGUGUAAGAGGACUCAUUACCUGCAGUUGCAAGUAACAAGUUAUGAAGCAUGAUAGGGAAGUAAGUGUGAGAUUCUCUGACUUUAAAAAGCACACUCUUAAGGGCUGCAUGCAUAUUUCCACAAAUGACCAGAGCCAUCUUUUGUAGCACUGUCUCCAGUAAACGGUUAAAAUGUUUGGAACAUUUUUGGUUGGCCUUUUGAUUGUACGGGUGAGCAAACGCCCCCUCCCCAAAGCAGAAAACUCUGUGUAGUGCUGCCCCACACAGCCAACCUCCAGUGCACAAAAGCCUUAGGGAAAGCGGACACUAAAGCCACACCAGCCUUCCCAUCUGUUGUCCGUUACCGCCACUGUGAAUGGUGGUUAGGCCUCCUGGUGAGGCUAUGUCUACAACCCAACCUCACUAAUGCCAAGUGCUGGCAUUGGUUGGCAAUGCCAAACUGUCCCUACAUUCCAUUUGUCCUUGGGAAAGAAAAGCAUGGGUGUGAACUGUUCCCUGCCCAGCGUGGUGCUUCUUGCCUACGUUACUCAUGGCCGAGUUUUCUCUCUGGAAGGACCUACACCAGCUCAGACACUUUCCAGCCUUCAGGCUCCCUUGUCAUCCAUCAGUGUCGUGGUCGCCAUCCUCACAAGGAGCACCUGAGACUCUGCCUUGCCUCAAACACAUUGGACUUCUAGGACUCUGAAUUCUGCUCCAAUAUAAAUAAAUACAAACAUGGUCUCUUCUGAUUCCAACUUCUGAAAAGGGCUAGAUAACAAAUAUCUUAAACUUUUGUCAAUCAUGUUUUAAACUUUAUCUAAAUGUGUUGCUAUUGUUUCUACUGUAGCAUGAAAAAUAAAAUGUAUAUGAAUGGA